AUGGUUCAGUAUUUCGCUGUUUUCUUGGUUUUCUCUUUUCCUGGCGGUUCACUGGGAACAACCACCUCACCUCAGCAACAAAACACGGCAAAGUUAAAAGAUUUAUGCGAGGUAUGAAACGAUUAUUCUGUUUUAGAUGACAUUUUUGGGUAUCGGGCAGUGGGUGGAAAAAAAAUCGCAUUAAAAAGGUCUGCAACGGAGUUAAUAUUGGCACAAUAAAAAUGCCAGCUUUGUUAUAAGAUACGCUGGUCUUUCUGAGAUUUACGAUUUGUUAUUUAGUUGAUAGAUAACGUAAACCUCAACGUUUCUGUGUUUAAGUCUGCGUUUCAAAAUUGGCCGCAAAGAUUGGUCUCACCGAUUGUCCUGAUCUUAGACAAUUUAUUUUGCAGUUUCUCAAUAAUAGACGGGUAUCGAUUGACGCCAGUGUCAUGUUAAUUAAAUUGAGGGCAGAGCUUUCCUUUUUAGGGUUGCAUUGUUAUGAAGGCAAAGAGCAAAAUGAAAUGCGGGGAGGCUGAGCUUUGUUUUAAAUAGGAAUUUCUCUUUCCACUAUAAAAUAUCUGGUAAAUAUAUCCCUAGCUUUUAACUCUUUUUUGGUUUUAAAAGUUGAUCAUUAUUUAUCGUUAUUAUUGUUAAUAUCAUCGCUAUUAAUGUUAUCGUUUUUUAUUUUUAUUUUUAUUAUUGUUAUCAUUAUUAUUUGGUUACUGAUAUCAUCAUCAUCAUCAUCAUCAUCAUUAUCAUUAUUAUUAUUAUUUUAUUAUUAUCCUAGCAAUGAUUAUCCUAGUCUGAAGAAUUUGUAUUCCUCACCAUAACCAAAGCUCCAACUUUUACGUGACUCUGAAGCAUUAACAUUCCUCAGCCGAGUAACUUUCCCUCUUAAGCCCUUGCAUUUUCCCGACUUUUCCUUUUUUUUUAAUUUUAACUAUUCGGCUAGUUCCCAGAGGGACUACUAGACUGCUUGCAGUCCGCCUUUUCCCUUAAAAUCUGUCUAGUUCUUAUCUAAUCCAGCGCGAUUGCAAACCACGAUAUUAUUAUUUAGGGAUUGAGACGAAACAGAACAAAAGAGUCAGCAGUGUCUUUUUUUUUUCUUCUCGGGCUUACGCCCUCAUUUCUCGCGGUUUCGUGCAGUAACUUUGCAAAAAAAAAAAACAAGAGACUGCUCGCAGUCUAAGGGAGUACUAACAAUUAUAUGAUACCAUCCUUGCUUUUUAUCUAAAAACAUUCUGUUAUGCCGAAGAUGUUCAACGCCGUGAUCAUCAUCAUCAUCAUCAUCUUGAUUACAAUUAUUAUUCUCUUUUGUUCUUUCUUUAAAUACUGAUACAUUGUUUUGCUUAGGGGGGAAACUGGGAGUUCGCCAAACCGUUUGUCCCGACCGCUUUCUUUAUCUAUACAAGUAUCCUUACUAAAAUCAUCCUUGAUAAAAAAUUCCUGCCAAGUUAUUUAUAAAAACUUCCUGUUUUACAUGGAUUAUUAUAGGUUUUCAUGAAUUUUGAUUAAAACUUCCCGCCGUUCUUCACUACUAACUGAAAAUUUACGCUUUUAUUCCCGCUUUGCCCAUAGGCAUGCGGGCAACUUUUCGCCAGGGGGCGGUAAACUAUUUGCCCAAAAAAUUCUGGCAAGUUGCCCAAAAUUUUUUACGAAACAGUCGAAAAGAAAUGAGGGUCAUACGAUGCAACAACAUAGGCCUAUAUAUGAAGGGAAAGUAUUCUUACAAAUGAAACUAUUAUUAAAAAUAGGAGGUCAUGAAAUACGUUAAAAAUAGCUGUCUUUGCCAUUUUGACUGCCGAAAAUAGCAAUGAUACGAUCCAUAUCAUUGUUGACUACAGAGUUGGCAUAUGCCUUUUCAAUGUUAAUAAGUGCGAUGUUACUGACACAUUAGGGAGUUUAAGAUACGGAGACUACGGACUACGAACUACGGCUGGACGAGCGUUGUCCUUUGUUUGUAGCACUGGGUUGAGUCGUGCAAAUAUAGAACGUUAAGAUUGCACUUCAGACAGUAGACUACGAGAGAAGAGGCGGAGAGGGAAACAACACGCAAAGAUUUUCUUGUUUUCAUCACGGUUCACAAAAAUGAAAGUCAGUUUUGCAUGUGAUCUUAUCUUUAGAACAAUGAGCAAAUUCUUCCCUACUUGAAAGAAGCAAUUACGUCGGGUGAAAUUAGCGAACAAAGUUUUGGUUUAGGUUUUAUUUUUUCGCCCAUGAAUACUUAUGUCAGAUAUUAAAGAAAUAGACAGAAAUAGUAAUAGCUCAUUUAUUAGAUUUAGAAGAUGGACUUCUCCGACUACUGAUCUGAUGUAGUUUGAAGUAUUGAAAUGCCGAGUUUCGAUUGUCUCGAAGAUGUUUACANCUGGCAAGUUGCCCAAAAUUUUUUACGAAACAGUCGAAAAGAAAUGAGGGUCAUACGAUGCAACAACAUAGGCCUAUAUAUGAAGGGAAAGUAUUCUUACAAAUGAAACUAUUAUUAAAAAUAGGAGGUCAUGAAAUACGUUAAAAAUAGCUGUCUUUGCCAUUUUGACUGCCGAAAAUAGCAAUGAUACGAUCCAUAUCAUUGUUGACUACAGAGUUGGCAUAUGCCUUUUCAAUGUUAAUAAGUGCGAUGUUACUGACACAUUAGGGAGUUUAAGAUACGGAGACUACGGACUACGAACUACGGCUGGACGAGCGUUGUCCUUUGUUUGUAGCACUGGGUUGAGUCGUGCAAAUAUAGAACGUUAAGAUUGCACUUCAGACAGUAGACUACGAGAGAAGAGGCGGAGAGGGAAACAACACGCAAAGAUUUUCUUGUUUUCAUCACGGUUCACAAAAAUGAAAGUCAGUUUUGCAUGUGAUCUUAUCUUUAGAACAAUGAGCAAAUUCUUCCCUACUUGAAAGAAGCAAUUACGUCGGGUGAAAUUAGCGAACAAAGUUUUGGUUUAGGUUUUAUUUUUUCGCCCAUGAAUACUUAUGUCAGAUAUUAAAGAAAUAGACAGAAAUAGUAAUAGCUCAUUUAUUAGAUUUAGAAGAUGGACUUCUCCGACUACUGAUCUGAUGUAGUUUGAAGUAUUGAAAUGCCGAGUUUCGAUUGUCUCGAAGAUGUUUACAUCAUUUUCAUUCAGCAAAUGUGAUACAAAAACUGGCAUAAACAAAGGUUACACAAGUGGAAAGACACACUUAUCAGUUCGAACAAACAUUGAAACUUUUCAAGUGCGAAGAGAAAGUAAAUUACCUGCAUGAUUUAUCUUCUCCUCAGCCGUGAAUCUGAAUUCUGCGUAUAAACAGCUAAGCUUAUUUAAAUAUGAGCCCAGCUAGGUAAAAAUAUAGUCACAACUUUGGAUUAAAAGCGUAAAUCUGAGCAGAAAUUAGACAAAACUUACAUAUUUCGCUUCCCCCUCACUUAAAGCAGGUGAAUUGAAAACUUUUUAACCAAAAGACGAGAUUCUUGAAUUACCGAGAAGGCAAAAUGCGAGCAAAAUGUUCUCCGUAGUCGCGACUACGCGAAACAGCUCAACAACUCUCCGUAGCCGCAGGACUACGCGGGAAAAAUGAACAGUCACGUGGUUUUGAUCAUGCACAGUGGCAUGUUUAACCGUAGUCGUAGUCCGUAGUCGCGGUAUCUUAAACUCCCUAUUGUUGCCCAUGGUGCUGCGGAGGUAAGUUUUCAAUCUGUGCAACACACUGAAUGAUCGUUCUGCAGAACACAAUGUAAAAGGUAUUACUCCAAGGAUAUGUACCGCAUUAGAAAACACUGGAAGCAUAUCAAAUAGAUCAUUCUCGUGCAUUGUCUCUAGCAUUUCUGGAAACGUCAUGUAGCCUAAUCCGCGCACACGACGAAAGCUCACGUACAUUUUCUGCUCGUCUUCGAAAAUCUCGUCGUCGAUUUUGUAAAAUUUAGCAACGCGGGAGAAGCUUUCUUUAUCAGGUGUUUCACUGUGAUAGAUGUUUCCCAAAGCACAGAGUAUUUCCUGAUCAUUUCCGCUAAACCUGAGCUGAAGCUUAGACAGCGCCUUGUCGAUGGACGCAUAGUAAAUGAGGAAGGCAGCGUGGCCGAGUGGUCAGCGCGUCGGACUCGCAAUCCGGAGGUCCCGGGUUCGAGUCCCGCUCUGGCCAUUUGCUGGAUUUGUGCUCGGUCGUCCCGAGUUCAAAUUCUCGGCCACGCUUGUAAAUAGCCAACUGGUCGCCUUCUGUCAGUUGGGGUUUUUAAUCCUGUUAUGUUGUAUUUGAAUUAUUUGUUUCUAGAUAUUUGAGUGGGGUGCCGGUAAAUUAGCUGGACAAGCUAAGUGCAAUUUCCACUAUAAACAAGCCUUUAACCUUUUUGUUUUUUAACCUAAUUGUACGUCUGCGAAACAGCGCUGAAAUCCUUGUUGAUUGGCCUUUUAAAAAAGCCAAUGUCGAUUUAUCAAUCAGGAUGAAAGGAGAUUUGAACGCACUACCGGUAAUUCGUUGAGUCCGUUGGUGACCCAGAACAAGGAUAUCGGCGCUGCUUCGCAGACCUUACUAACGGAGGUUAAAUUACGUCUGUGACACAGGCUAUGCGGUGGUGCGAUUCCGGUGUCAGCUGCUUUUUUCUUUGCGCGUGUUUACCUACAAGGGCUUGAAGGCGACUCGAUGGCGUUUGUCUGAGUGCCCUGGCUUCUUGUAAUUAAAGCUGAGAAUUGGUCAGCCAUUUCUUCAUUCUCAGACCUAUUGCUGAUGCUAUCUGCCAUACGCUGUUGAAACUUUCUCCACUCCGACACUAGCCGAGGGUCUGAAUGGUUAUGUCGAGCGGAAUUGAUUCUAAAAAGUUAUGCGGAAGCUGAUUCUAAUCAAUUCACGACUGGAAUUACCACACACCAACUAGUGCAGUGGGCACAGUGCCCAUAAUUAAAAAACUACAACUAUGUAAAUCAACAUGAUGCCCUUCACUAAUAACCAGAAACUCACACCGUGCUAGCCAACCACUGUCUCUUGUGAAUUUAACUGGAUUUACCACGCCGACUUCAGGUUAAAAUAGAAAAUAUCUAUCUCUUCGAAAUAAUAAAAGGAUGUAGAAACUUCUUUAAAAAACUGACUUUGCCCAAAUUUCUCUUGCUGCCCAAUUAUCUGAGUUGCUCAAAAUUUUUGAGGUGCUGUUCCCCCGGCCCGUGCUCCUAUGGCCUUGCCUCUAAGACAGGACUGCAAUUAUACUCUCUCAAGACAUUACCUCCGUUCAAUGCUAUAAUAGGCUGUGGCUCUUCUUUUAAUAACCCAUCUUUAUUUUCAGAAAUCUAUACUGAGUCACGGUUUUCCAGGCAUUCCUGGGUCAAAUGGCAUGCCGGGAGUGCCGGGCGUGCCUGGGCCGCAGGGGUCCCAGGGAAGAGAAGGUCCAAAAGGACAAAUUGGUGAUAAGGGAUCACAAGGAGUGCAGGGUCCAAGAGGAGACAGAGGACGCGAAGGGCCUCCCGGGAAGAGCGGACCGCCAGGAAUUAUGGGAAUAAAAGGUGAAUCGGGGCUUGUGGGAAUGAAAGGAGAGCCAGGCAUUGUGGGAAAUCAAGGAAGAAAAGGAGACAAAGGAGAGAAAGGAGAAAGCGCCAAAGCAAGUCAAGCAAGUGUAGUACCACAAACCANAAAAAACUGACUUUGCCCAAAUUUCUCUUGCUGCCCAAUUAUCUGAGUUGCUCAAAAUUUUUGAGGUGCUGUUCCCCCGGCCCGUGCUCCUAUGGCCUUGCCUCUAAGACAGGACUGCAAUUAUACUCUCUCAAGACAUUACCUCCGUUCAAUGCUAUAAUAGGCUGUGGCUCUUCUUUUAAUAACCCAUCUUUAUUUUCAGAAAUCUAUACUGAGUCACGGUUUUCCAGGCAUUCCUGGGUCAAAUGGCAUGCCGGGAGUGCCGGGCGUGCCUGGGCCGCAGGGGUCCCAGGGAAGAGAAGGUCCAAAAGGACAAAUUGGUGAUAAGGGAUCACAAGGAGUGCAGGGUCCAAGAGGAGACAGAGGACGCGAAGGGCCUCCCGGGAAGAGCGGACCGCCAGGAAUUAUGGGAAUAAAAGGUGAAUCGGGGCUUGUGGGAAUGAAAGGAGAGCCAGGCAUUGUGGGAAAUCAAGGAAGAAAAGGAGACAAAGGAGAGAAAGGAGAAAGCGCCAAAGCAAGUCAAGCAAGUGUAGUACCACAAACCAACUGGAAACAAUGUGUGUGGAAAUCAGGCAGCGGUACUGAUAAUGGAAAGAUUAACGUAAACAAGAAACUCGUUAAAAGCUAAACACGAACUAUUUAUAAAUACCAUCAUCAUAGGUGGAAAGAGGUUUUUUUGAGAUAAACUUUAAAGCACAGCUAUGACCCCAACCUCAUUCCCUCAGCCUUCAUCCCCAGUCAACCAGCUGGCAUUAAUUUUUUGUGUUAUCGUGAUUUUUUUUUCCAGGACUGUGCUUUUAACAAGUUGAAGUCGGAUACUGCGCUUAAAGUCUCAUUCCAGGGAGUCAUGAGGGUCAUAGGUCAUGUGAAGUGUAAUCGCUGGUAUUUCAAGUUCAAUGGAAACGAAUGCAAUGGACCAAUGACGAUUGAGGCUAUUGUUUACAACGAAUGGCCAUCAGGGAAGCCUAACCUGCAUCAUCAUCGGUCGUUUGAGGGAUACUGUGGAAACAUCUCACAAGGGGCGGUUAGAGUGGAAUUAUGGGUAGGACAGUGUAGCAGCCAAACCCUGGGUGAUGCUUUCACUGGGUGGAGUUCAGUGUCCCGAAUAAUGAUAGAAGAAGUUUCUAGGCCCCAGUCCUAA